GUCGAGUGCAUUCACUCCCGCGCAACGUUACGAAGUAAACAACACAGUUUUAGACAGAUUUUGUCUUUUAACUUUGUACAAUUAUUACGUGAUUUUGAAAUCAUUUAAAUUCGAUCAAAGUGUGACAGUGUACCGAAUUGUUGAUUACGACAGACAGUUUUUGCGUCACGUCAAGUAUUUCAAGAGUUUAGUGGGAUUAAGAAAUCAGAGCGAAGGUCAAAAUUUCAUCAUAAUGGACGCAACAAUGGAAAAUAAAAUGGGUCUUCCACCACCGUACGAGCCCAACGCACCGAACCCAGCACCGCCGCCAUCCUACUUCGGCGACAACCCCCCACCCCCAGCAGCUCCCACAGCGCAGCCGCGCACGGUGGUCGUCACCAGUGCUCCCUCGUCAUCCGACACCAGUGAAAUCAAAAUAGGACCAGGACCAACAGGGAUCACUUGCCCCAACUGCAACAGAUCUGUAGUCACUCGAGUAAACUACGCGGCUAACAAUCGAACGCAUAUUAUAUCAGCUGGACUUUGUAUAUUAACUGGAUGCUGUUGCGGUUGCUUCGUCCCCUACUGUAUGCGAUCCUGUAAAUCUGCAAAUCAUUUUUGCCCUAAAUGUAGAGCGUUCAUCGGUACCUACGUACCGUCUUGAUUAAAUAUAAUACAUUGCCAAUUUAUUCUUAAUGUAAUAAACUCGUGUACCUUUG